GUGGAUUUCCGGUCCUUUAAAGCGUGCUGCUUCCAGCUAACUGGUUUGUCUGCGCCGGACGCGAGGAGAGCUGCCCAGCCCGCUACAGCCGCCCUGAUCUCCAGUCACCCAGAGGGGAGCCAUGCCUUCUGUUCCCUCCAGCACAGACUUGGGACCUGUUCCAGCAGUCUGCCCCCACGCAGCCAAACUCGGGAGUUCACAGAGUCACCUCAACCGAGACGCCAAGGCCAACGGAGUGGCCAUCCUAAACGGAGACGCCUUUUUUGGUCAGAAGUCAAUCGGUGACACCCUCAAGAAUGGUGACGCAAAAACCGCCAACGGCGGUCACAAGCCGCCCAUGAACGGAGCGGCCGUGGUGAAGCCGGACAAAAGUGAGGCCGAGCUGGUGAACGACGACGUAAUGACCAGCUCCAGUGAGAGAAACUGGAUCCGUCCCGACUUGCCCAGCAAAUGCACGUGGAGGCUGGGCAUGCCUAUUUCUGAGUCACCUCAUAAGCACCAGGCACGCGUCAAAGCUCCUUACAUCCUCCCCAACAUCCUCUCCAGGAUCGGAGACACACCUUUGGUCCGUCUGAACAAGAUCCCAAAAGUCUUCGGCCUCAAGUGCGAGCUUUUGGCCAAGUGCGAGUACUUCAAUGCAGGGGGCAGUGUGAAGGACAGAAUUGCCCUGCGGAUGGUGGAAGACGCUGAGAGAGAUGGAAUCCUCAAGCCAGGAGACACCAUCAUUGAACCCACCUCCGGCAACACAGGUAUUGGUCUGGCCCUGGCAGCUGCGGUGAAAGGUUACCGCUGCAUCAUAGUCAUGCCUGAGAAGAUGAGCAUGGAGAAGGUGGAUGUGCUGAGAGCUCUGGGGGCGGAGAUUGUUCGCACCCCUACCGCCGCACGCUUCGAUUCGCCAGAAUCCCACGUUGGCGUGGCGUGGCGUCUGAAGAACGAGAUCCCCGACUCGCACAUCCUGGACCAGUACCGCAAUCCCAGCAACCCUUUGGCUCACUACGACACGACGGCCGAGGAGAUCCUGGAGCAGUGUGACGGUAAAUUGGACAUGUUGGUUGCUGGAGCCGGCACAGGCGGCACUAUCUCUGGCAUCGCCCGCAAGCUGAAGGAAAAAUGCCCCAACGUUAAAAUUGUGGGCGUUGACCCAGAGGGCUCCAUCCUUGCCGAACCCGCGGUGCUGAACAUCACCACCAAGACCCAGUACGAAGUGGAGGGCAUCGGCUACGAUUUCCUCCCCACCGUGCUGGACAGAUCUCUGAUUGACGAGUGGUACAAGUCCAACGACGAGGAGUCCUUUGACAUGUCACGCCGGCUCAUCAGAGACGAGGGGCUUUUGUGCGGCGGCAGCUCGGGCACAGCCGUGGCGGCAGCAGUGAAGGUGGCCCAGGGGCUGAAGGAGGGCCAGCGCUGCGUGGUCAUCAUGCCCGACUCCCUCCGCAACUACAUGUCCAAGUUUCUGAGUGACAAGUGGAUGUGUGAGAAGGGUUUCAUCAGCCCAGAGGACCUGAUGGUCUCCAAACCCUGGUGGUGGAAUCUCACCCUCCAGGGCCUGAAUCUGUGCGCCCCCCUGACUGUCCUGCCCUCAGUAACCUGCCAGAAGACCAUCAAGAUCCUGAAGGAGAAGGCGUUCGACCAGGCCCCGGUCGUGGACGAGUCCGGCGUGAUUCUCGGAAUGGUGACCCUGGGAAACAUGCUAUCCUCCGUGCUCGCCGGAAAGGUCAAACCCUCAGACCCCGUCAGCAAAGUGCUCUACAAACAGUUCCAACAGGUGCAUCUGACGGACAACUUGGGAAAGCUGUCCCGUAUCCUUGAGACGGACCACUUUGCCCUGGUGGUGCAUGAGCAGAUCCAAUAUAUGGCGGACGGGAAGGCCUGCCCGCGGCAGAUGGUAUUCGGCGUGGUGACAGCCAUCGACCUCCUCAACUACAUCACCACGCGGGAGCGGCGGGAGCGCUCGCUGUCCGAGUGCUCGCUGUCCGAGUGCUCGCUGUCGGACGAUGUGUCUCUGUGAAUGUGACUUCACGUACCGACACGUGGCCUGAGAGGGGCAACAGUGAGGAUGUGAGCCUUGGAGAGAUGGUGCAUCAUAGUCUGAAAUUGAUCUGAGAUAGGAUACAUCAGUUAGAUGGUGAUUCCCCCCCUUCCGCCACACACACACACACACACACACACACACACACACACACACACACACGCACGCUACUUCUGUUCUCUUCCCAUCUGUGAGGGUGGGUUGGGUUUUUUUUUGCGCAUUACAACAUUUGGCUGAUGCUUAGUUCAUUCAAAUAAGCCGUGUGUUUUUUUCCUUGAGGUUAAACUUAAGUGUUGAGAUCAUAUUCAAAGACUCCAUCUGUCUCGCCUUGAUAAUUGCAUCUCGAAUGUAUCUUGGUUUGCAUGAGCACAACAUAUUUCUAACAUUAAUCAGUAAGAAUGCCUUUAACAUGACAUGCUAAUGAAGUUUCUUCUCACCUUGUAGCUGCUGGUUCUCAUGUAGCCGAGUUUCCCGUUGAAAUUAAAGGUGCUUUGUAGAGUUUAAGGAAAAGGAACGUUUUUCUCAUCUGGUUUGGCAAUGCAGGUCCGCGUGUUAACAUUGCCACCAAGUGGUUGAGGACGCCCUAUACAGGAAAACCAGUUUAUUUACACGCAGGCAAAAAGUGAUGCAAGACUGGUAGGCGAUUACAGGGGGGUUUGAUGAUGAAAGUUUUUCACACUUAACAUGGAAGGCCACAGUUUUGGCACAUUUGACAAAAGAAGGAAAAACCAAAAAACAACAAUAAACCAAAGUGUAACCCAUACAAAGAGGGCGGUUGAUUUACGUUGGUAUUUCGUGUACCGAGAGCAGAAGUGGAUUCUAGUUUGAGGCAUUGCUUCGGCUCAGCCGGAGCGGAUCAUUUGUAUAGAGGCCUGUCUUUAACUGGGGAUGGUUGGAGGUUGGGCUUGUUGUAUUUAUGAGUUUUUGAUAAUGAGUUUGUUUUGCUGUUCUUUGUACUACUUUGUCAUUACUGUAAAGGCCGUGGGACUCGGAAGAGAGUCGCGGGGGGGGGGGGGGGGAUGUCCAGUGACUGAUGGAUACGACGAGGAAGGAGAAGGACAUGGCUUGAUGAUUAAUGUUGACUUUGUGCGUCUGUUCUUUCCAUCUUUGGGUCCAAUUUGCAGCUAUAAACUUUUUUUUUUUCCUCCAUCGCGAUUGUUGUGGUUGAAUUGUAUUUUUUUUGCUUGGUUAUGAUUCAAAUUUGCUCACCAGAAAACGCUUUUCAUAAUUGCAUCUCUCCGUGUGUGUUUUGAGGAAACCGAUUCAGAGAAGGAUGUAGAGAUUUGUUCACUUCCGCUUUGGGGUUGUAUAAAUUGGUUAAUGAGGGGGAUCGUGACUCGGACACGUUUCCUCAAGACACUGAAAGUAAGCAUCCGUGUAUUUUGCACUAGCUUGAGCUCAUGUUAGGAUGCGACGUUCACGCCAUAGGUUGUCAGAGUAUCAGAAACCGGAUCAGUUACACCAUUUAAAGUGCUGAAGAAAAUCAAACCAAUCAAGCUCUCACCAUAAGAGAUCAUCCAUCUGUAAUUAUGUGACGCUCUGAUUGCGCUUCUUGAUGUAAUGUACAUAUUAAAAUGCUACGUAUUAAAAUGACCAAAACACA